AUGUCCGAACCUCAGCAGACGUUCCAACCACGGAGCGAGUUUAUACGUGCUGAUGCAACCCCUCAGUCGUAUAUGCUCGUAGCCCUCAAUGGCGCCGAUACCUUACGAUGCCACAAUAUCUCGACAACAGCUCUCUCAGCCCUGAGGGAGUCAUUUGGUAACGAGACGCGAUUAUAUGGCGAAGCAGGGGACGGUGACAUUGCCGAGUUUGUGUUUCGCAACAGUCCGUGGACAGCCAAGAGCGUACGCUCAGAAACGCUCAUCGUCAAGCUAUUCACCAUCCUCUUAUCACACCAAUACACAUUCGUUACUUCAAUCGACUAUGGUCGACAAUACCUUGACAAAUUAUCUCUCGCAUUCACGCGUGCGGUCUCAUCUAAUGGGCGAUCGGCUGAAGACUCUGUAUUUGCACUCUCAUUUGUCACCCACCCUGCUUCGAGUAUUGCACGCCCCGCUCCACUGCACUCCUGCCAUUCUCCAUUGGGUAAUGGAAGCUGGGAAUUUCGUCUCAAAGGAUUUGGAUACUUUUCUGCGGAGAAAUCCGACGAGGCACUCGUUCCUCAUGUCUUUGCAUUGCUCCGCGCAUUCGACUCUCAUGCUUUCAAGCUCGUUGCUGGAGUUCCCAUCGGUGGACGAAGUCGUAACAAGGAUCUGUGGGUAUUCACUGCACCUGGGGCGAGCAAACCUCCGUCCCACACUGCGUCACCUUCGCCUUAUCAACACACCAUCGAGAGCGAGACGGCGUACAGUCCUGGUCCAUUUACGGCCUCUCCAACCGUAGGUAUGAGCGGUCAUGCAAAAUUUGCGACCGACGAACCAGAGAAGAGUCCACCCGUUGCGACCGUGACUGGUCACGCGAGGAGCGCAUCGACCCCUGCACCCGCUCCAAUGCCUGCGCCCCCACAUCGCAAACCUGUCCCGCCCAUGGCCAUGCCCGUCCCAAUCAUUAACAAGCCCACGCCCCCAGUAGCCAAUCCACCAAUGAACAUGCCAGUCCCGUCCCCUGCCAAACCUUCCCCUCAAUCAAAACCUACCCCAGCUCUGGUCCCGGUCCCCAUUCCACCCAAACGCAACUCGAGUUUAUUGCGCAAGUUCCGUCCGCCAAGCAUUGGACCCGGUCGAACAGCCAGCGGGAGGUUCAACCACCCACCUCCCCCUCCAGUGAUCUCUCAAUCUAAAUCCGGGCACAAACGAUCUGGAUCGUUGGCGUCUGGUGAAAUUAUCUAUGAAACGCCUUUACCUGGUCAACAAUCUCUCCCUGUUCAAUCCUCUCCAACCAACGGGUUUAUCGCUCCCCCUCCUCCGCCUACAAUUCCAGAACAUGCAGUCGCACAGCAUGUAGGAAUGAAUCCUUUAGCCAAUCAAACCAACGAAGAGCUCCUUCCUCGAGGUGCAUUCCGUGACUCUGCGUUCUCAGCUAGCACGGAUACUUCACACGACGUCGACGUUCUAUGGACGGGUGCACAGAUGGCCAAAGGUGGUCCAGGAGAAGCGCUGUCCCAAGUGAGCGAGAGCGGAGAAGUUGAAGCUCAUUCACCCGACGUGACCAAGACGAUGCAUGAGGAACUGAGACCCAAGAGCGAGAGAGCCGAGUUGGCGCUUGCAGCAAUUGGACCUCCGCGACCAAUGCCGAUUCCCGUUCCCGGUUCGGGUUUACCAAUGCAAGAAGAGCCCAGUGAGCGCUCUGGAGUCGAUACGAAGAAGAGUGCGGAAGUACAAGGUCGACCAAGUAUGAACUCCAAGUCUGGUACGCAAACCGAAUGGGUGUUUGUUUCGGUCGAUAAACCUCCUGUCCCAGGUACAAGUACCGGCACUGAGAGUUCCACGUCCUCGCCCCAACCUCAAACCCAGUCGAUCAAGCCCGAGACAGUUGCUUCUCCCGAACCGGAGCGCCAAAGUAGCUUCAAGCGAUGGUUUGGAGGAGGAAAGACGAAGCAACAGCCCAAUCCCAAGCCUAGGCAACGGCGUCGAGGCAAACUGAACCAAGCUAUCCGAAGUUCGAAGCGAUUGACGAUCGACUAA